CCUGCCUUUUAACCACCGUUGCACAUCUCACCUCACUUCACCAGAGGAAGAACCCUCUCUUUCCACAGAUGAUUUCAAUGGACUUUCAGGUGUUAUAUUAACUUUUUUUAAAUUAUUAUUCUGUGACGCAAAGUAGCAAAUGAACUCGAGAAACAUGAUGAAGCAGCCCAUGGAGCACAUCAAGAGACCAAUGAACGCGUUCAUGGUGUGGUCGCGAGGUCAGAGGAGACAGAUAGCACUGGAGAACCCAAAGAUGCACAACUCUGAGAUCAGCAAGAGACUCGGCGCCGAGUGGAAGCUGCUCUCUGAGGCCGAAAAAAGACCGUACAUCGACGAGGCCAAAAGACUGCGCGCCCAGCACAUGAGAGAGCACCCAGACUACAAAUAUCGACCGAGACGCAAAACUAAAGGACUGCUGAGGAGAGACACGCUGUUGACUUUACCGCGUCACGGCGAGCGAGAACUUCAAGUCAUCUCAAAUUUGGACAAACCUCGACCCCUUUAUUCAGCUGCGUCCAUGCAACAACCUUUCAUGGAGCCGAGCCGGGCAACUGUUAGCACUGGUUUUCAACAUGAAAAACUUGCUUUAACCCCGGGCUCUUUGUCUUUCUCUUCAGCUUUUGGCUGUCAGAGUGGACACCGGUCCUUCGGGAGUCUGGGAUGCUCGGGUCAGUACGCGCACACUCACCUGUCACCUGCAAACCCCGGAUACCUGCUGCCCUGUAACUGUUCGCCCUGGUCUUCUUCCAGUCUCACACCUCCACUUGCCUAUAUAGUGUUUCCAGGUAUGAGCCAGACUGCGGUCAGCUCUACAGCGCUGUGACUCAGUCCUUAAAAUGCCAUUAGUAAAGUUGUUUUUGUUUUCUCUCUCGAAGAGAGAAACCGAUUGGUCUUUUCUUAGUUCAAGUUCAAGUGCAGCUUGUAUAAAUGUUGAUUAAAAUACGUUUAACUAUUAUUAUUAUUAACAAUUGUAUUUAUUUGUUUGUUUGUAUAGCCUACGGGAUAUUUGAUUUCACAUUGUUAUAAAGUCAAUUUGCUAAACUAUUAUUGUAAUAAUGAUAAAUGUUACUGCCCAGAGCCAAAGAUGACUUUUAACACAAUCAAAUGCAAUGCACAGAGUUAUGAUUUGAAUAGUCUUUGUAUAUUGACAUUUUAUCUUUACUUGGAAAUGUGAAGGCUGUAUCAUUGGAGCGAAUAACUCGU